AUGGCCGCUUUCCGCAGACUAGGCGUAAUGUUGAACAGAUUUACAGUUUUAUCCUUUCCGCGAAAUAAUCUGUUUGGGUUUCAAACGCAAAAUGGCAGAUGCUCUCGGAGGCGUGUUAUUAUUGGAAUGGGUUUAGUGGCCGGAGGGGCUGCGGUUUACAGCUGUUAUCAUGAAUUGUACGGCCCGGGGCGGAGAAGACGACUGAUGAGAGGCAUCAACAGCUGCGCUCUGCUUCAUUCACUUCCCGCAGUAGCGGCUAAGGAAAAGGGUCAACCUUUUGACUUUGAGGAUGGAGACGUCUACAUGUCUUCCCAUGAGCACCGUUUCCGUCUGUUCAGCUCAGUGGAGUAUGAGGGUCAGCUCUACAUGACACCUCAAAACUUCAUCGAGUCUGUCACCAUGAGUCAGCCCAGGAACAAGAAGCAGUGGAGGUCUCUCACUAAACAGGAGUUGGAGAAGAUCCUGUCUGACACCCCACCUGUGUGGAAAGGGACGUCCAAACUCUUCCGGAACCUUCGGGAGCGAGGCAUCAUCGCUUACACCGAGUACCUCUUUCUGCUCUGCAUUCUCACCAAGCCUCAUGCUGGUUUUAAGAUUGCCUUCAACAUGUUUGACGCUGACGGUAACCAAAUGGUGGACAAGAGAGAAUUUCUGGUGCUGCAGGAGAUCUUUCGUAAGAAAAACGAGAAGAAGGGGAGAAAAGGGGACGCUGAGAAGUCCGCCCAGCUGAAUAUGCAACUCUAUGGAUAUCAGGCCGCCCCGGUCAGCAGCGUGGUUAAAAAAGAAACCCAAGACAUUGCGCCAAGGAGCUACUGGGACGUGCUAAGACGCCGCGCCAGUCAAGCCCUGUUCUCAGACCUGGCAGAGGACUUUAGACUAGAGCGUCUGGAUGAGACCAUGGUGAUCGACACCACGUUGCUGGUACACUUCUUCGGGAAGAAAGGGAAGGCAGAGCUGACGUUUGACGAUUUUUACAGGUUCAUGGAUAACCUGCAGACUGAGAUGUUGGAGAUUGAGUUUCUGACCUACUCCAAAGGCAUGACCACCAUCAGUGAGGAGGACUUCGCCCGGAUUCUGCUACGCUACACCAACGUGGAAGACAUCAAGAGUUACCUGGCCAACGUGCGCCAGUGCAUCCCCGACGAAAAGAAACAAGAGGGCAUCACCUUUGACGAGUUCAGGUCGUUCUUCCAGUUCCUGAAUAACCUGGAGGAUUUUACCAUCGCCAUGCAAAUGUACAACUUUGCCAGUCGCUCCAUUGGCCAAGAUGAGUUUGCCAGGGCCGUGUAUGUGGCAACUGGGCUGAAGCUGACCAGUCAUCUGGUGAACACCAUCUUUAAGAUUUUCGAUGUGGACCAUGAUGACCAGCUGAGCUAUAAAGAGUUCAUCGGGAUUAUGAAGGAUAGACUGCACCGUGGAGCAAGGGGUUAUAAACCCGUGGAGCGUUUCACCUCCUUCAGGUCAUGUCUGAAGAAGGAGCUGGUGAACGGGAGACGCAGUAUCUCCUUCUCCACCUGCGUACGGACGGAGGCUGGGAAACAGUUUCGCCAGCUGAGGAGAAGGUUCCGGGAGAAGAUGUAG